AUGUAUACGGAUUCUCUUCAAGAGACUAUUGAAGCAUGGUGGAUUGAGCAUAAGGCAAUGAGAAGAAAAGAAAGAGAACUUCAGCGGAAUGAAAGAAGGAGAGAGUUGGAAUUGCAAAAAAGGAAACAUUAG